AAUUCACCUUACUCUUCACUGAAUUUACUUAUUAUGCUAUAAGAUGACAAUUUUAUUUUAUUUUAUUUCAACAAUAUUUUGUGAGGUGGUUCAUUUAGAAUGAGUUGAUAAAUUGAUAAAACCAAACACGUUGAAUCAAAAUUUCGGACGGAACAAAAAUUCUCCAUCAUUAAUAUGAUCAUUAUUAAUUAUGACAUUACUAUUAUAGUAAAAAAUCGUUAGUUGCAGUUAGCUGAUAUUGUUAUUUUUGUUACUUUUUUUGAGAUUUGUUAAUUUUCUUUUCUGUCGAGUUUGAACACUAGGCAUAGCGUAUACUUCAGAUCCGUUAACCUUAACUGACCGUCCAUUCUUCCAAAGCUAGCAACUACUUCAGUCCAUAUUGACUUACGAACGAACUUUACGUGAAUAGCCGCACACCUGGCAUUAUCACAACACAAUGCAUUCAUAACCGAUAAUAAUUAACCUUAAUCCAUACUGAGACUGGAUGUUUCUACGUAAAAAACGUAAUGAAUCAAAUGUUGUUUUCACUUACUUAUUCAAGAAAGUCAGUCUCAAUAAAGUAAUUAUGGACGAUGGUUUGUGGGAUUGAAACUGAAUCUCACCUACAGUAAUAUAUCUUUGUCUACCUUAAUUUAAUAAAAUCCUCAUAACAAUCACCCGGUUUUCUACGGCUUUAAUUAGCAUAUGAAUUUUGGCAUUUUUGUGUCGUUGCGACAUUUUUCAGUACUUAAAGGCUUUAUUGUCAUUGUUGGACUUUUCACGAAUUAUGUGUAACAGGACACUUAUAUUCAUUUGUGUAGAAAUCUAAGAUUCAUAACAACUGAAGCAAGUGAUGAUGGUUAGCAUGAAAACCGUUUGGAUUCUACUGUACCAGGCUAGUAUAGCCCUGGGUAUAAGUUUUAGGUAUGGGCCUCAGUCAGCCAGUGUGUUCCAAGGAGAUAUGGUCGUCCUCGAGUGCGCAGUUGACGACAAGGGCCCUGGUAAUUUUGUGUUCUGGCAGCAUGUUAGCUCGAAUAUGUUUUUGAGUUCGGACGAUAAGAUACUUUCUGCUGUUGAAGAUAAUCGGUUUGCGAUUGGAGGGAAUCACGAGUUGGGACAAUACAACCUCAUGAUAUCAAACGUCGAUGCACCUGAUGACGGAAUGUAUCGCUGUGGAUUUCAAUUAGUGGAUAACGACGGAAGUGUUUUUGUUUUUCGUGAAGCUAACCUGACAGUUCUAAUCCCACCUCAUGAUUUUUAUCCAAGAUGUACUCUUAGUACGGAGAAUCCUAAUCCCCAGCCGGGAGACACAGUGAGUGUAGCCUGCGUAUCCAUAGGUAGCAGUCCUCCGACGGAGCUAACUUGGAGACGUAACGGUUCUAUAUUAUCUUCGGAUAUAAAUGCUGCAUUUGUUGUAUUGGAACUUGUAGCGGAGGAUAAUGGAGUAGAGUUUGUUUGUAAAGCCUCAGGGAAAGCUCUUUUUCAGCCUAGAUUCUGUUCUGUAACGCCGAUGAUUAUACUCCCAGUGGUUUUUAUAACAUCUAUGAAUCCAGAGCCUACAGUCGGUGAUUCAAUUACGUUAACAUGCAAUGUACAGAAUGCUGUACCAUCGUACAAUGAAUUGCAGUGGUUUGUUGAUGGUAAACAGAUCACAGGCGUCACUGGUAACACUCAAUAUUUUGUUGUUGGUACCAACGAAAAUAUACUGAUUAUCCCUCAGUCGCAAAGAAGCGAUGACGGCAGAAAUGUGACUUGUAUUGCUAGAACACCAUCUGGAUUGGCAGGUCGGUCCACGUUGGUACUGUCUCUGCAAGGAAUCGAGACAGCAUCAAAGGUGCAUUCGACAGUGAAACCUCAAACAAGGUUAGGUUAUACAACAGAAAUAACAGCACCAGCAAAUAUGACAUCGUCUUUUGACUCAAUUAUGAAUGAACCAAUUACCUCAGUUGAAACAUUACCAACUGCACGCACAACCAAAGCGCAAAGGGGACGCACAACAAAACACGUUAAUCAAAAUGUCUCAACUACUGCAGUAAACUACAUUUUCACAAGCAGUGUGCGUGAUGUUAAAUCUUCAACAGAGAAAACAUCAAAAGAUGCCAUGACUACUGAACUAAAAAAACGGACAAUAGUUCUGGCCUCACCUCCUCUAGGUGAUGAUUCACAGUUAAAAAAAGAUGACGUUGUCGGCGCCGUGACAGUUAUUCUUGUAACUGUCGGAGGAUGUAUCUUUUUACUUAUUUCGCUUGUGAUCUGCCUUCUCAGACGUUCGCAAAGACUAGAGCCAAAGAAAAGUAAGAAGCCAGAGCCUCCAGAAGUAGAAUCAAACAAACAUCAGCACGUAAUGCAUACAAAUCCAUUAUAUAUUUUAAAUAAUGAAGGAUUAAGGCGUCAAUCUAGAAAAUGAGGCGUGUAUUAUCAAUUCCAAAGAACACUAGGCGAAGGUCUAUAAUACUAAUAAAAGUACUGGCGAGCGAGAUAAAAUUUUGACUGUUUUAACAGAAGUUAGUAUAGAAUAGACCUCUCGUUCAUUUACGUGCUACACUAAUGAACUACAGUUACAUAGACCAACCAACUAUUUAAUUCCAGCGUGCAGGGGGUUUUAAGGCCAGUGUCACAGGGAUUUUGGCUGCUGUAUGUUCCCUGUUUAAAGAGAAGUCCCUAGUAAAUCCUAGCAUAAUGCGGACUAAGUAUUUGCUAAGUGUAUUCAGAAGAUUCGACUUCCGCAGGGUUGAAUUCAUUAUGAAUUUCUGCUCGGGGACCAAAUUUAUGUAGGCAAACUAUCCGGGUGACACUAGUCUACAGACACAGUUUUGUAUUCCUAGUUCUAUUAGAUGUUUAACAAUAUGCAGCAUAAAGAACCACGUUUUUGUUUACUAUUGUAUUAAUUCAUUGUGUGCACUUGUCAACAGAUUAAAAUGUAUUUAUAGUUAUUAAGUAAUGUAUUAUAGUAAUUUGCAGAGAUAACAGUAACUUUUACAAAGACGAUGAUGCAUUUUUAGUAUUUAUUAUUAGCAUAAUUAACCUAUUAUUCGGGUUAGAUGCAACGAGAUAUGUUGACAUUUUAGUGAUCAAUAAUUGUAUAUUGUAAUGUAAUGUAGUUAGAUUUGUAUGGCACUUAAUACCGAAAUGGUCUCAAAGCGUUCGAGGUGUGGACUUACAGGUUUAUAUUUUAAUACACACACUAUGAACCACAUCUUCUACGCAUUAAAUAUACAUCCCUAACCUUGCAAUAUUUAUAAACGAAUGUUUCUUAAAAUACAAAUAAUUGUGGCUACAUUUUUUAAUGUUUAAAAGUAUCUGGAUGUUAUUACAACAGCUUAAAUUACUGACAUGCAUAGCAAUAUUACAUACUCAAACAUUGGUAAACUUAGAUAUAAACACUUAAACUUAGAGAAACACUUGCAUAUGCGAUUCCAACGUUAUAACAUCUUUGACCUGCUGCUUUCUUCUUUUAAAAUGGACCUCAGAUGAUUCACUGCUGAAUUAUAACAUCGAAAUAUAGCAUUGAACUGACCCGCGGUAUGAUUAUAUGAUUUCGACAUGACCCAAAAAUAUAUUACAUGUACACUACGAUUGAUGUCAGUGAUACACGCAGAUAACUUAAAUGUGUUCAAAUUAGCUGUUAACUUUAAGUUGAUUAAACAAUACAUAGGUAUUGUACUGCAACUAACUACAAGUGUUUUAUUUGUUUUUAAUUAAAUGCUAAAACUUAAUAA